AGAACCUCUGGCAGCAUGAGAUCUAGGGAUGGUAGACAUGGCCACGAUGAUCACCAUCCCCCUCCUCAUGACAAGAGGUCCUCUCACCGUGCACGGAGCCCUUCUCCUCCACCGCAGAUACACAUUCAGGCCCACACCUCCUCGCAAAGCUCCAUGGAGUCUUCUGAGUCAGGCCGGCUCUCUGAGGGAUCAACAGGACGGAACAGGGAGGAGUACGCUGCGAUGGCUGACCUGCCAAAGGUCAAAAUGAUCCAUCAGAAGGAGGGACCGGGCCACAUUGGACGGCCACAGAGUCAUCAGCCUGUCCGAAGACAGGAACUGUUUAAACCAGCCAGCCACUCUCUGAGCAGGCAUCCCUCCAUAGAGUGGGAUGAUCCUGGCGAUACAGAUAAAGACUGGCACUAUGGGGGCAGUGGAUAUCUAUCGCGAGCUCACUCCACCACAUCACUGCAGAGAUCAGGCAGUCCCACGGCAGAUGAGGGCUGUUUGUGGAAAAGUAAUCAUCACAGAUCGGAAGAAAUGCAGCCCGACCUCUUGAACUUCAAAAAGGGAUGGAUGUCAAAACUGGACGACUGCGGAGAGUGGAAGAAGCACUGGUUUGUUUUGACAGACGCUGGGCUGAAAUAUUACAGAGACUCGACUGCAGAGGAGAAAGACGACCUGGAUGGAGAAAUUGACCUGAAAUCUUGCCUGAAGGUGUCCGAGUUCGACGUGGAGAAGAACUAUGGCUUUCAGAUUCAGACUCGGGAGGCUGUUUUCACUCUGUCGGCCAUGACGGCCGGGAUCAGACGAAACUGGAUCGAGGUUUUAAAGAAAUCUAUCCGGCCCAGCAGCUCUCCUGACCUCACGCAAUUACCCGACAACAACAACAAGGAGAACAACGACAAGGAGGACUCCCAUAAACGCUUCCCGCCGUCUUCUCGCCGCCCCUCGUCGCGCCACGCCGACUCCCAGCCAGAGACCCCGAGCUCGGCCCAUCCCGCCGAGCGAAGGUUCGACUACGUAGAACUAUCUCCUGUUCCCGCCUCCUCCUCCGCCCCUCUCCCAUCCAGUCAGCGGGAAUCUGGGGAGGGGCAGGGCCGGGAGCACAGCCAAUGGCAGGAGGAGAGGAGCAUGAGCAGCCAAUGGGAAGCCGUUCUGUCGCGGAAGGGCUCGGGGGUGGGAUCGAACCAGAAGCCCCACCUGGACGACGAGAUUGAGAGAAAGUGGUACGAGUUGGAGCGAAUGCCGCUAAAGGACCCGAGCUCCUUGUCGUCGAUGGGAUCGCGGACGUCUAGCCAGUCGGCCAACGAGGCGCUGCAGAGGGAGGUGGCGUCACUGAGGCAACAGCUGGAGAAACGACAACAGGGGGGACGGGAAAGGGGGAGGGGUGGAAGUGUGGGCGGCGACUGCGGCCCCGAGGCGCCGUGCAGCCGCAGCCUGGCGGCCAUGGAGCGCGCCCACAGACACGCGCUGGAGGAGCUGCAGAGGCAGCAUGACCGCCAGAUGAGGGAGCUGGAGACGGAGAAGGAGCGGCUGCUGCUGGAGGAGACUCGGGACACGGCGCGAGUGAUGGAGGCUCUGAAGAAGAAACACAAAGAGGAGCUGGAGAGAGAGGUGGAGAAGGUCAGGAGGCUGAGCAGCGGGAAGUUGGACUCUCUCACUCUGCAGACACAACAACAGGCUGAGACGCUGGCCUUGCAGAGAGAGCUGGCCGGUCUGUCGGAGCGCUACUCUCAGAAGUGUCUGGAGCUGAACAAAGCGGAGCAGAGAAACGCCGAGAGAGAAAGGGAAGUCAGUCACAGAGAGAGAGACAUGGAGCAGCUGAAGAAAGAAAACGUGGAGUUGAAGGGCCGCUUGACGGACGAAAUGAGCCGAACGCGAUCCGCCCUCACGGAUAGAGGCUCAGAGGACAGCAAAGACAAGAUGUCCUGCGAACUGGAGGUUCUCCUCAGAAUGAAAGAUAACGAGAUAGAGUAUCUGCACAAGGAGAUCGGCUGCCUCAGGAAUGAGCUUCAGUUUCUAAACAUGGAAAAGCAGCUGGCCUGUGAGCGGUAUGUAGAGCUGCACGGAGAGCUGAACGGGAUGAGAGGCCGCACGGAGCGCGAGAUUCAGAGUCUGAAGGAGCACCUGAGGCUGGCCAUGGCCGCCCUGCAGGAGGGGCAGAAGCUGGGCAACAGCCUGGACCACUGACUAGCCGCCGGGCUGGAGUCGGACCGUAAUCCAGGCAAAGGACGGAACUCUUUAGAGUCUUUUUAUUUUUAUUUUUCCCAAUUAUUAUUAUUUCAACCCUUCUUUGUUCCCGGACUUUAGUUUUUCAGCCUGCAGGGCGGCUGGAUCCAAAGGAAAUACCCGUGCAGAACUUUUACGGCCGUGCGUCGGAACUCGAACGCGUCUUUCAAGCCGAUUUGCCAACGAGUCGUUUUGUCGGCUUCAUUACACUGGGCCUUAAUUUGUACUUCAAAAAACAAAAUAAAAAAAAAAGAAAGAAAAGUGCACUUUUCACUUUUGGUUUUGCUCUUGAGAGUGCUAGCUUGUAUCGAUGUGCAUUUGGUCUUACAACUGGAAUAUGUGAGGUUUUUUGUUUUUAUAUAUUUCGUCGUCCUCUGUAGAUGGUUUGUACCGUCUUCAUUUUAAAAGCGGAGGUCAGACUCUUACUGUUUUAAUUUUUUUUUUCCCCUGUUUUUACAAAGGUGGUACACUUUCUCAAGAAACAAGAGCUUUUUCGUAUUUGCUGUUAUUUUUAUUCCUGUUUUGUUUGUAAAAGCGAGUUUCUGGAGAACACAUUGGGAUUCUGAUAUGGGAAAAAGGAAUACAAUUUCUAACUCUUGCAGACUAAAUGGGAGAAUUUGAUCUGAUUGUUGAGGAAAACUCAGGCUUCUUUACACAAAGUUGACUGUAAUCUGUCAUUUCUACAAAAUAUUUAUAAGCCAUGGAGGAGAAAUCCCAAACUUUCCUGUCUCCGUUUAUCAUUUAUGAGCAUUUUCUGCUUUGUGCCACCACAGCAACAAAUAGCAGGUGUUGCAUCAAUGAGCCAUUUUUUUAAAAAUAAAUAUGUAUUUGCUUUUCUUAUUGAAAAGAACUAUUGUGAAAAUAGCAACUACCUACUUUUUGAAAGCAUUUUCUUAUUUAAAGCCUCCAGGUUUUUUGUAAAUUAUGCUCAUUUUUGGAAUCAAUAAAGUUGCUUCCGUAGAAAUCCAUAAAAACGUUGCAAUUUU